CGUCCCACAACCCCCAGCUGCGAUAAAACUAAAGCACGACGGGGGAAUUCGCAGUAGUUUACAGUCUGCAGCAAAGACGGUCAGCAGUGGUCUUCAUUCCGCCAACCUUAUCUAUGAUUAAUACUGGAUUACAAAAUCACUCGCUUUCUAACUAUCACUCGGAUUAUAUUUCCUACAAUUUCCUUCUUUCUUCCAUGCAUUACGUCUUGAUUCCACAAAAUAAUACACUCAAUAUUUGACAAAGGAAUGAAGUCUUACCAAUUGCUUGCUCUCCAAACGUUUUUGUUUGCUUUGAGAGUUUCAUAGCAUCUCGGGUGUAGGGUGCAAUCAUUCAAGGUUGUCCUUUUUCGACAUUUGCGGGACUUCGGAAUCAACGACAGGUGUGCAGAGCGCGGUGAGUCCGGCUGCGGCGCGAAUUGGCUUUUCUUACUGGAAGCUGAGCGCGGGUCUUAUUUGGAAAUCCAGACCAGAUGCCGAAUGCGAGCGAAAUGCAAGAUUUGGGUUUAAGAAAAGGGACACUCUAACCUUUGGAAAGGAGACUCAGGCAACGCAGACAUGGGAUCUCUGGCGUGGCGUUGGCUGCUCCUCGUCCUCACGGUGGUGGUCCAGGCCUGCCUCGCCGCCGCCGCCCCCCAGGGCCCCGUCCGCGAGCGCUCCUGUCCCCAGAGCUGCAGGUGUGACGGGAAAAUCGUGUACUGCGAAUCAAACGCCUUCCGCGAUGUGCCUAGCAACGUGUCGGUGGGGUGCCAGGGCCUCUCCCUGCGUUACAACAGCCUGGCGAGCCUCAGUCCCCGCCAGUUCUCAGGCCUCAGUCAGCUGGUCUGGCUCUACCUGGAUCACAACUACAUUAGCGAGGUCGACAGCCAAGCUUUCCACGGCAUCCGGAGGCUCAAAGAGCUGAUUAUUAGCUCGAAUAAGAUCACGCUGCUGAGAAACUCGACUUUCCAUUCUGUCACCAACCUGCGUAAUCUCGACCUCUCAUACAAUAAACUGCAAGUCCUCCAGGCCGGACAGUUCCUAGGCUUGCGGAAGUUGCUCAGCUUGCACUUGCGUUCUAAUUCCCUGAAAACCUUCCCAAUGCGGGUCUUUCAGGAUUGUCGCAAUCUGGAGUUUCUUGAUCUUGGCUAUAACCGCCUGCGAAGCCUCACGAGGAACUCCUUCGCCGGGCUGCUCAAACUGGUAGAGCUUCAUCUGGAACACAACCAGUUCUCCAAGAUUAACUUCUCUCAUUUUCCCCGCCUGACCAACCUUCGGGCCCUCUAUCUGCAGUGGAACCGAAUAAAGUCAAUAACCCAGGGCCUCAUCUGGAUGUGGACCUCUUUGCAGAAACUGGACCUCUCGGGAAAUGAGCUGUACGACCUGGAUGCCAGCACAUACCAGUGUCUCCCCAACCUCCAGACCCUAAACCUGGACUCCAACAAGCUCAGCAACAUGUCCCAAGAGACAGUAGAGGCGUGGAUCUCUCUCACCACCAUCAGCCUGGCUGGUAACGUGUGGCACUGCAGUCCCAGUAUAUGUCCCCUAGUGGCCUGGCUGAGGAACUUCAAGGGAAACAAGGAGUCUACAAUGAUUUGUGCUGGCCCCAAGGAGGUUCAGGGCGAGAAAGUGAUUGAUGUGGUCGAGACUCUUAAUAUCUGUAGAGCGACGCCCAGCUCUUCUAUCUCCACCACAUCUUCACCCACCUCCGCCUCCCUGCCUGCCCUCCUGCCCCUUCCCACGCCGCCCUCCGUCGACGAGGGGCUGACCUUGGGAGCCCCCCCCACCCCCACCCCCACCAGUGCCUCUCCUGACCUCCCUCUGCCCGAUAAUGAAUACGUCUCCUUCCACAAGAUCAUUGCCGGUAGCGUGGCCCUCCUCCUGUCUGUGGCGGUGAUUUUGCUGGUGAUCUAUGUGUCGUGGAAGCGCUAUCCCAGCAGCCUCAAGCUCCUACAGCAGCGUUCCAUGAGUAAAAAAAGGCGGAACAAAGUGCGGGAAACGGAACGCACUCUUAGCUCGCCCCUGCAAGAGUAUUACGUGGACUACAAACCGACAAACUCUGAAACUAUGGAUAUGCUGGUGAAUGGGACUGGAUCCUACACGUACACCAUCUCGGGCUCCAGGGAAUGUGAGAUACCACAGCAGUUGAGUGCUGUGCCGUUGUACAGCUAUGAGCAGCCAGUUGUGGACUACUGCCAGGACCAACAGCUAUCCCUGCACCUCCGCAGGGCUCUGAAGCCUCUGUCCCAGACACUGGGGUGUCUGGGGCAUCCAGGCUGCCACUCUGGCCCUACAGCUGGUCUCCCCUCAGGGCCCACAGCCCCCAGCACCAUAGACCCCCAGGCCCUCCAACAGUGAAGUGACUCAACCCCACCUCCACCACCACCAGACGGCCAGCCCUGUGCUACAUCUCUGAGCCUGCUGCUGCUGCUGUACCACUGGGCUGAUGCACUCAGCUCACCUCUAAAACAUGAAGAUCUGACUCUGAUCCACAGGUAACUGGGACUUAAAAACAUGUGCUGAAAGAAAUGAUUAAUUCAUCUAAUAUAGCCCAAUGUACCUAGGUAAUGGAAAUCAAAACGCACAUUACCGGAUAUGAGACGUGUGUGUUUCUGGUCCUCUGUUAUCAAAAGGAGGCUAAUCACCGUGACAUUUUUGCCACUUUUGGCCACAAAAGGUUUCUUGAUUCAUGACAAGCAAAUAAGACUAAUGUAGUGAACCAUUACUCCUAUCAAACCUAUCACCUCAGCUACACAUAGGCUUGGCUCGAUUAUUGUGUCAGGUAAGUAAUUAAAUACAAAAUGCAAUAAACAUAACUGGAGAAACAAUAGGAUAAGCAUUGGAAUAGCAGAACGAAUUAUAGACCAACAGAGCUGAAAGGUUUUGUGCUGCUUUUUCAAAUCACGUUGCCAGUCAGAGGUCCUUCUCAUCAUCAAGUCCCUGCAGUGAUUUCAUCGCAAGAAGUGAGCCACUUAAAUUCAAUUACCCAAGAUGAGUAGUUAAAGAAGUUGAGUAGCAGGCGGUCAUUGGUAUGUAAAGUGUACAGCCGGCAAUGCUUACCACAAUCUCAUCUUUUUUUCAAUGGAUACUUUUAUUACUUUCAAAGAUUUUUGAUGUUCAUCGCAGUGAAAUUAAAUGUACUUUAUCAAGAUGAGAGCUGCAGUAAAUAUUGACCAGCUAUUGUUUUUGUGUCAAGUGCACUUUUGAACAUUUCUUGUCCAAGGUGGCAACAUCCUAUGUGAUUAUGUCCAUUGUCUUUUUUAUCUUAAAAUGAUGACGAUUAUUUGAAAUAAUAUGUAAAUUAUUCAUAUGUUCAGUAGGAAUCUUGAGCGUCAUUCAUUAGCCCCUUUUCUUACUGACUGAGGUUUGUUUACCGAUUGUGCAAGAUGGUUUGUGACAAAUAUUGGUCAUUUUGUUGACCACAUCAGCAGGUCAUACUGGACUGUGAGUUUGGUUCUGACUCGCAGUCAUUACCCAACUGAACGCUGUACAUAACAGCUUUGAACAGACUAUCCAAAACAAAUGUCUGUUUGCCCUUGUAGAUUCUUAGACUCAUCCUGCUUUCUCCUUGUGUGACUGUUAUCCUAGACUACAAUGAAGUAUCCUCUUUGGUUCAUGCUUGAAGAGUAUUUAUUUUUCUUUUCAAGGACAAUGUUAUGAUGUACAAUGCUGUAUGUGUAUGAAAUAAUAAUCACAUGUUUGUUAGAUACUGAAGUAGUAUCUGGUGCUUGACAAAUACAUUAUUGUGCUCAUAAACUAGAGGCUUUCUUGGAAGUUUGAUCAAUCUGACCUGAUUGGUGAUGUGUGGGUGUAAAAAUGUGUCUGAAGGCUGUAGCCAGUGUGAAUACUUGCAGGCUUGCUGUCUGAAAACAGCAUGCCUGAAUGAACAUGUAAAAUAUAGCUGUGAAAUGCUUUAAUCGGUUGUACAUAUAUUUAAGUUUAUCACCAAAUGUUUUUUUGUUACAUAUUCCUUUGA